GGUUUUGUCAAAUUUAAUGAUUCAAGCUGUAGUAGGAAUGAAUGGAGCGAGGUGGGGGAACGUUAGGGAGGUCAGGUCGAUCUUACUCUCUCUGCUGAAUUGCCACUGCUUUAGUUUAAAGUUUGUCACCCCUGUGAGUGCUCCCACUGACUUGGGGCCCCAAACAACUGCUUACCUUGCCUGGAAGCCAUUGAAAUUUGCAAUUCAUGAAACCCUGAGAUUAUUGUGUUGUCUCUUUCUGUAGAUAGUAUAUGUGGCCCGCAAUCCAAAGGAUAAUGCAGUGUCCUUUUACCACUUUAAUCGGAUGAACAAUGCUCAGCCAGAAGCAGGAGAAUGGAGCACCUUUCUGCAGGAUUUCAUGAAAGGAAAGAGGGUUUUCGGCUCAUGGUAUGACCAUGUGAACAGCUGGUGGGAGAAGAAGCAAAGUUAUUCAAAUCUUCACUACAUGUUCUAUGAAGAUUUGAUUGAGGACUGUGGACAGGAAAUAGACCGACUGUGUUCCUUCCUUGGUAUUUCUGCUUCAGCUGAAGAGAAGGAAAGAGUCAUAACUAGUGUGGCGUUUGACAGCAUGAAGCAAAACAAGAUGACCAACUAUUCCACAGUUCCAGUGAUGAACCAAGAGGUUUCUCCUUUCAUGAGAAAAGGGUGA